UUGGUGUCGACAGCAUCCCGCAGCAGGCUCCUUUUGUUCGGUUGAUUCGGGCAGGCAGGUUCUUUGGUUGGCCCUCUCCCUGCCAAGGCCCCUGCUCUGUUCCUCUCCCCGCCCCCUCACAGGAGUGCGGUUGGCCACCUGCUCUUGUACUGGAGUUUAUUUGCUUGAAGCUGAAGCUGCCACCAGGGAGGGAGCGAAACAGAGAGAGAGGGAGCGGAGCCAAGGAGGUCCAGCAGCAGCUUGAUACCCAACCACGUGGCGCUUGACGCUUGACGCUUGACGCUUGACGCUUGACUGCUGCCAACAAGCGCUCGCACACCAAGCAGCAUCAGCAUGUCUUACCGUUCCCGCCAAACCGAGAUAUCGCCGGAGGAGGACUCGGGCGCGGGCAUGGUAAGGCCGAAGCACGCCGCCAUCAGCUGCUCGCACUUGUGGGCGAAUGCUCUCGUGGUGGUGGGCUUGUCCAGCGUUGUCGUGGGGGUUAUCAUCUUCACCGAGUGGAAGGGGAUGGGGUCCUUCUGGGUAGGUGCUGUGGCCAUGGCUGCGGGCACCUCGGGCAUCUAUGUGACGCAGGGAGAGGCGUCUGGCGGACUGGCGACGGUUUUCUAUGCGCUCCUGUCUCUCGUCACGCUGGCCGCAUCGGUGGUGUCAAUUUUUCUGGGCGAGGGAGCAACGUUCCUGAUUGUGAGAGAUGUGAAUGGAAACUGUCGAGACGGGGACGACUGCCCAUCAGACUUCUGUCCGGAGGACGCGUGCGUGUGCUGGGAGCCAGACGGGACCGACGUUUGCUCGGAUGCGGGCAGCGUUCGUUACUGUGUCCCGUUUGGGGGAGACAGCUGCAGCGAUAUCAAGGACUCUGAAAAUCUCCUUUUGGGGUCCUUCAUCAUCUUAGUCAUCAUCGCCUUCUGCUCUUUCUGGUCGCUGGUGGUAGCCGUCAACACGUGUUGGUACUGCAAGCGCACCAUCGUCGUGGAGUCUAGCGAAGAAUCGCCUGGCUAUCGGUAGGUAGCUAUUCUACCCCCCUUUCUCCGAGGAUUGAUUUGCCCUUGCGCCGCAAAGCCAAAGCUUCGUGCGAACAAGGUAUGUCAAAUAGUGGUCGUUGGACAGAACCGCGCGAGGACUACUGUACAGCAGUGCCACGUUUUUCUCGGCCCCCUGGGGGAGGGACGCAGUUUGGAUUCGCGAACGCUCGCUCUCCUCCCUGCGGGGAAUGCAGAAGCACCCUAGCUAUGGGCGGUGUUACAAAGUUUUUGGUAGACCGGGGGUCUUGAAGAAGACGUGGCCGUCACUCAUUUGUCUCUCGUCCUUUGGUAGCAAAUGACACGUGACACGUGUAAUCACUCGCUUCUUCGACCGGAGACCCAAGUCUCGACGGAGAGAAGAGCGGCUGCAGUGUGUAGGUCGCUGGCAGUUGAACGACGGACCCCAGGCGAUGUCUCGCAAUCUAAGCUCGGGCGUCACUCUCUGUCUAGUUUGUUUCAGGCCUCCACUCGCGUGGUCCCGUAAUUUAUUAGGAGUAUAGAAAUGAUUGCCGCCAGCCGUCUGUUGUCUGUUGUCUGUUCCGCCUAACGAUGUUGUUGUUGCUGUGAUUGUUGUACUGCCUGUAGUGUUGCCGAUGCCGUUGACGUUUGUCCAUGUUGCUGUGGUUAAUUGUUGCUCGUGACAACCGGGUUUGUGCAGGUGUAGGGGCAUGUUUUGUCGGGCGUGAGUGAUGCCAGGAAUGUGUGUAGUGAGUGUCGGUAGUGUGUUGGACGGUAGGCCCGGCUAGCGAAGAAUUUUGAAACGCACUUUUACCCGUAGCCAGUUCAUUUGCGCGACACCUGUUUCGGCGAAAAACAUUUGGCCAGUGCUUGAGUCGGCUGUUAUUCCGCUCCCCGCUGCCGGGUCUCUCACUGCGCUUCGUGCAUGGUGAUGUGAGAGCCU